UUCCGAACAAAUCCUUUGAAUCCCCCCAAGAUCUGCCAACGCUCGUCACUACAGCGCCCACUAGCUCCUACAACAGCUCGUGCUACUGCUCAAACUUCAGCUCCUACUUCAGUUCCUAGUUCACUUUCCGUGCAGUUUUUAAGUCAACUCCUACUAAACAGCUCCUACAAUUAAUUGCUCGUGCUGCAGCCCAGAUCCGAAUGCAGAUCCUAGUGCAGCUCGUACUAUGUGUCGCACCACAGCUCCUACUGCAACUCCGAUUGCAGCUCUUACUAACGUCCCCACUGCAGCUCCUACUACAGCUCCUGUUGCAGCUCCAACUACAGCUGCUACUACAUAUCCUUAGCCAGCCGAUAGCCCGCCAAUCCGCCGGGGGUGCAUCCGAAUUGUCGAGAAACAUUGUUCACCCAGCUGUGCCACACUUGAUCCGCAUGUGAUGGAAGCGGGGGUGGGAAUGCGCAGAAACCAAUGGCUCGCUCGACUAAGCUAACUUGGUUACACCUCCUACAGAUCCUACGACAUAUCCUAUCACAGUUUCGCAUACAAUUCCUACUGCAGCUCUGGCGACCGUUCCUGCUACAGUUCGCCCUACAACCUCGAAUGGAUUUCAAACGACAGUUCCUACUGCAGCUCCUACCAGCUAUCUCGCUACAGCCCCUGCUGCAAUUACUACUGCAUCGCCGUCUGCAGUUCCUACUGCAGAUCCUACCGCACCCCUCGGGCCGAGUGCCUACAGUCAUCUAGCCUCAAAAUGAAACUACGAUACGGCACGCAAAGCAGAGUUCAAUAAUACAUACGAACAUCUUCGAUGCAGAACCUAGCUGGGGAAAAACACGUAUUUCAAGGAGGAUGAGGAGGAUGAGGAGGCUGUUCAAAGUGUCGGGGGCCGCCACGGUCACCGCGGCCACUGCGAACACCGCGACCGCCACGGCCACCGCAGCCACCGCGACCGCCGCGACCGCCACGGCCAGCGCGGCCGUCACGGCCGACACGGCCACCACAACCACCAUGGCCACCAGGCUACCACGGCUGGACCAGCCUGAGGGGGGCCCUGGGGCUUCGGCUCGGCACAGCGGACCAUGCCUCAGUGCCAAGCCAGAAGGAAGCUUAGAAAAGGCCUGGAGGCAGGUGAACCUGCGGUUCGUUGAUGCUUUCCUGCUCCUCCUCGCGCGGGAGAAUGCGCUACUGCUGUGAUCCCAUCACGGGUGAAAAGGCACUAGCGAUUAACCCAGCAUUACUUCAAACAGGCGGCCUGCACGCAGGACGGCCGCGGACAAGACUGAAGAUCGAACAACAGCUCGUCAGAGGGCCUCACGGCGCGAGCGAGGGGAGGGGGGAGGCGGAGGGAGGCGGAGAGGAGAACGAGACGGAGCGAGAGGCUCCGAGCGCCAGUGUGGGGCAAAAGGCAGUACACUAACUGCCAGAAAAACGACUGCCCCCAUCACGCCGACGGGGCACAGGCGUGUCCAAUUCCAAGGACAGGCGUCGGACGCACGCGAGAGCCUGGCCCGACUACCAAGGACAGGCAUAGAGCGCACGCGAGAGCCUCGCCAAGCCCUGGCAAAACACGGAACGCGCAGGCAGUCGAACGAGCAGACCAGGAGCCCGCCGCCGCCGUAACGCGCAGUGACGCGUGACCGCCGCGCCCAUGCCCUCUCGGGAGCAGAGAGCCGCAAGGGGCUUGACCGAUCCGCAUGUAGCUCCGCGGUCGAGCCCGUUGGGAGUGGAAAGAGCGCGCCCAGUCGAGGCUGCUGGGCAUGGGAGAUUCGGCUCGGCAGAGCUGACUAUGGACACCCAGGGACGCACAGAAAGGCCGUUGACCUGGCAGAGCAACUUGCACAGCGUUGAACUCCUCAUCCACUUCAACCUCCAC